AAAAAACAUACACGUACACAUACACACACAUACGGUACGCUACCGCUAAAUAUAUUGCAUACUAACAAUAAAAGCCUGGUAGCCAAAACUUGAAAGCUCUAAACCGAAGGGGGCAAGAGUACCUGUCCGCUAUAGAGUCUACGCUCUACGGUACUGUGCAAAAUGAAAGUACAUUCAGUGCGACCUGGAAUGCGUCUGGGCUCAUCUUGUGGUCUUGUGCAGCGCCGCACGGUAACGUGCUGCACUGCUUUACGGCUAUCACAAGGGUCGGCGAGCACUGUAAGCCGACGGGCCGCCUUCAUUAGCGGCCUAGCGACACUCUUCACCGGACUGCCUCGUCCAGUUGGUGCCAACCCAGCUAAUGCUCACCAGGUCCCCAACGUUAUUCCAGUCGAUGCCCUAGUUGCGGACAUCUCCGUAGCGCCGGUCGGCAGCGUCUCGCUCGGCCAAGUCUUGGCCAUGUUCUUCACAGUUGCAGUCGGCGCCCUUGCUGCAAUCUCUAGCGUUCAGCUAUACGAGCAGAAGAAGGCUACGUGGGAUGCCCGCUCCAAUGCCGCCGCCGCAGCGGCUUCUCGCGACCAGCUGGCGGCAGAGGUGGCCGCCCUGACCGCGCGGCUGGAGGGGGUGCAGCAAGAGGCUGUUGCGGCGGCUGGGGAGUUCCGCAAGGAGAUAGCAGCAAAGGAGGAAGAGUUAUCCCGGCGGGGGAUGGAGCUCUGCCAGGCGCAGCAAAUGUUGCGGGCCGCCGAGUCGCGGGCCGCCUCCACAGCCGCACAGCUAAUCGCAGCAGAGGACAAACUGCUGACGGCACGCAGAGAGCUGGAGGCGGUGACCGCGGCUCAACGUGACGCCACCGAGCAGGCCACCGCCGCAACCUGGCGCGCGCAGCAGUUGUCACAGGCGCUAGCUCGCGAGAAGGCGGACGCGGAGCGGGCGCUGGAGGAGGCGCGUGCGCGGCUGGAGGCGGCGGUGAAGGCGCAGAUGGCGGAGCAGGAGGCGGGCGCGCGGGCGAGGACGGAUUUGGGCGGGGCACGCAGUCGGCUGGCGAAAAUGGAGGCUGAGCUCACCAACCGCGCGGUGCAGCUGUCGGCCCUGCAGCAGGAGGCGGCCACCUCGGUCGCUCAGAUGGCGGAGCUGCAGGCUCGGCUGGGCGCGGUGAGCGCAGCGGCGGAGGGCCGGGUGGCGGAGCUGGCGGCGGAGCGGGACCGACUGGCGGAGGCGCUGGCGGCUGAGCAGCAGCAGGUGGCGGAGCUGCAGGCCGCCAGGGACGCCGCCUCCCGCGGCGCUGCAGCGCUGCUGGAGCGGUGCACGCAGCUAGAAGAGGAGCUCAACGAGUACAAGGAGGAGCUGCACAAAUCCCACACUGCCGGCCGCGCGCUGCAGGCUGAGGUCGCCAGCCUGCAGGCGGCGGUGGCGGGGGGCGAGCAGCGGCUGGCGGAGGUUGAGGGUGCGCGUGAGGCGGCGGAGGCGCGGCUGGAGCAGCUGGGGUGGGAGCUGGAGGCGGCGGGCAGGGGGCUGGCGAAGGCGAAGGCCGCCCAGUCCGCCAGCGCCUCUGAGGCAGCGGUUGCCUCCGCGCGUGCAGCCGACCUGGAGCAGCAGCUGGACCGCAUGACAGAACACCUGGAGCAGAACGAGGCGGACCUGGAGUCUGAGCGCGCCGCUCGACACCAAUUGCAUGCCCAGCUGGACGAGCUACAGGAGGCGCACUCGGCGCUGGAGGCCACUGCACGCGCUCUAAAGGGCAGCCAGGAGGCGGCGGCGCGGCAGCUGGUGGAGCAGCAGGGCGAGAUGCGGGAGCUGCGUGGCGCGGCGGACAAGCAGCGGGAGAAAGCAUUGCGCUACAAGCAGGAGGCGGAGCGCGCGUCUGACGAGGCUAGUACUCUGCGUAACGAAGCGGGUGCCCUCCAAGCCGGCCUGCAGCAUGCCCUUGCGGCUGCUGACGCCAAGGCCGCAGAGGCCCGCCGCACCGCCUCCGAGCUCGCCUCGCUGCAGGCCCAGCUGGCCUCUCUCUGCGGCGACAAUGCCGCGCUGCAGACCGCCCUGGAGCAGGCGAACACUAACGCUGUGGAGGCGGCUGAGCAGCUCGAGUUGGCCCAGGUACUCGUACGUUCCCUGCGUGGCGAAAUCUCGGCGCUGCAUGGCGAGCUCGAGCAGUCCGUAGCAGCGGCCGCAGCCAAAGCUAUGGAGGCGGACCGCGCGGCGAGUGAGGUGGCGUCGCUGCAAGCAGCCAUGGAGUCCCUGCGCGUCCGGGUGGCCGGCUUAGAGGCGGAGCUGCAGCAGCAGACCCGUGGGUCGGCAGCGGCUGAGGCGGAGCUGCGGCAGGAGGUUGAGGGCCUGCAGGGAGCUCUAGGGAAGGCACGCGCCGAGGUGCACCGAGCAGCGGGUAACGUGGCUGCGCUGCAAACCCGUAUCGAGUCCAUUUCUGCCGAGCUGCGGCAGGCUCGUUACGAGGCGGACGCCAAGGCCGCGGCGGCUUUGCGCUCCGAGGAUGCGGUUGUGGAGCUGCAUGGCCGGGUGGUUGGCCUCCUUUGCGAGGUGGAGUCGCUGCGUGGUGAGGCGCAGCGGACACAUGCGGCGGCCGAUGCUCGAGUGUCCGAGCUGAGUGCGGCGCUCUCGGGUUACAUGGAGCGCAGCAGCGAGCUAGAUAAAAAGGUCCAGGCCGCCGCUAGUCGCGAGGCUGAGCUGAUUCGGGUGGCCGACAGCUCCCGAACCGCCCUCGUCAAGGCGGAGCAGAGUGCACUAGCCAUCCGCCGCGAGAUGGCCGAGGCGGAGAUGCGCGCAGCUGUCAUGAGGGAGGAGAACGUGGACCUCACACAGCAGGUUACAAGCCUAGCGGCCGAGUUGGAGCAGGCUCGGCGCGCUGCUGCCUCCAACGCCGGCCUGGAGCAGCAAGUGGCUCACCUGCAGGAGGAGCUUUCCGCCGCACAAAGCAUCGCGGCUGAGGUGGAGGCGCUCCAGCAGCAGCUGGCUGAACGUGACCGACAGCUGAAGGAGUCCGCGCGUGCCGCAGCAGCCCGCCUGCAGGCCACCGUCGCCACCCCAGAACCCAGCGACGGAGAGGUUGAGUACGGUGGUUGUGUCAUUGGUAGCAGCGGCGCCUCGCCUGCUCCCAAGGGCAGUGCGCCACCAACACCCAAGCGAGCCCGCGCCGCCACUGCCAGGAGCAGCCCGCGACGGGGUUCGCUGAAGAGGGUCGACCCGGUUGCUGGCAGUUCCGCCGAGGCAGCAUCGGCGACGGAGGCGCCAGCAGAGGCGGUCGAGGCGCCCAAUCAGACGCACCGCACCAUGGCCAAGAGCACGGCACGACCACAUCUGGUUGCGAUGGCGCUUGUGGAGGUCGCAACCUCCGCAGAGGCUCUUGCCGCUAUGGAGGGCACUGCGGCACUUGCUGCAGCUGGCAAGGUUAGCCGCCGGAUGGAGGCUCCGGCUGAGGCGAAGGCGGGAGCGGAGGCAGAAGCGCCGAAGCGGAGGGGCCGCCUGAGCAGGAAAGUGGCGGAAGUGUCUGACACGGCGUGAGGUGCUGGGCAUUAGACGUGAAGUUCUCGGUUUCAGCCCGAGGGUCGAUGCUAUGUACGCUUAUGUGAACACCGGGCCACCACCUUUGGGCGAUGAGGGGCCCGAGAAUUGAACAUGUGCGUGGUGGGGAGAGAGGGAUUAUGGCUUAUCAGACCCGGCUAGAGGUCCAUGGCAUUGUCUGGCAUCGGUUUUUUGGCCUGCCCGCUCCGCUAGGUCGCUAGGGCGUUGGGAAUGAGAAAAACCUCCUAUUUAGGAAACAUCAUGCUUGAAGCCAGAGUAGCGUGUAUACUGUUGCAUACUGUUGCUUUGUGUGAUGAACGGUACCACGAGAAGUGUUUAUUAAAGGUCGCAGACAAGGGAGAGUUUGUAACCUACUUCCAAACCUACUGUUUGUGUUGUUACGACUGACAUUGUAAACACCACACAAAAGCCAUUGUGGUCACAGAUAAUCUGGCGCCUGUUUGUGAAGGGUGUGUCGUACAUCCACGUGCCCUGGUUAUGUAUGGACUUUAGUAUGCCAAUGGCUAACGCUAUGAAUUGCAUGUUGUUAAAGGCUGAAGUUUCGAGCCUAACCAGAAGGGAGCCUUUGGUGCCUUUCUAUGAGUGCAAACAUCACGGGUGUGAUGGCAAGCGUUGUUCACUUGCCUCAACAAUAGCAGUGUUCAUGAAAAGGUCACAUAUGUCGAAUCAUGGUGAAAGUGCUUUGUGAAACAGCAAACAGUUUGGCGAGUGUCGUACCCUAGUGUUAUGAUGCUUGGCCAAAAAGCAUGAGCUGUCGCGUCCUCGGUUACGUUCAGCUCUCUAAGUUUUAAGUCAUGCGCAUUGGUGGGGUUUACUUACAGAUCCGACCGCCAGCAACAUUUGUCGCCAGCAGGGGUGCUGCAUGUCCUACGUUCUUGCUGUGCAAUACGCCAAUACCCCUUGCACUGCCUAAAGAAAAAAACACUUUGCCCAUGGGGGGUAGUUUCGCCGAAGAAUGACCCCAUGCUUCAAUAUUAUAGAUAUCGGCGAGAGCUUUCCAAAGCCGCUUUCAAAUUUGUAAAUGGAGCCGUACGAAAAAUGGGCUCUCAAAUUAGGUCGUACGGCAGGGGUGGGUAAAGAGGAAACAACUAACUGGCUGUGUGAUAAGGCGUCAGGGGUGGGUAGGUGGGUCCAGAGCCCCAGCGACUUUUCCUUUAAUCUUUGAAACUUAUUUCCUAGGUAUUGUUUUGCCAAACGAAAAGCAGAUUAGGACACCUGUUGUAAUGAAUGCAAUGUGCGCUAGUAUUCGAACCGUUGUGUGGAGUUUGCGGGUGGCAGUGUCCCUAUGGCUCUAGCUGGCCCAACAUACACAGUGGUCUUUAGGAAGCGGGUGUUACACUGGGGGACAGUAGCUGAGACCAUCGCCAGACGUACAUUCUAACAGGGCGUCGAUUGCCCUACCCCAGGGGGCACGCCGUGCACAAGGCAGGGAACCGUGCCAAACAGAUACAGGGACAGGCAACUAGGUCCCAGAGAAACAACUCAAGAGAGGCUGUCAAACUAGCUCCCCAAAACCCGAUGUGCAGGUACUGCCAACCUAGCAACCAGGGUCCCAGAGAAAUGCGACUCACAGAUGCCGCCAAACCAGCACCAGAAAGAUCGCGGCCCGCAACCACGGAAUCCGAAACGAAACUGUCACGGAGAAGAGUGCAGCAAGCCACCAAGGCAUACCAAGUGACAUCUGCGCAUCAGGCCGACCAAACAGUGGCAUGCCGACAGCCACCCAGCAGCGCCAGACCCAAGCCUGAUGACUUAGCACAAAGGCUAAAGCCCUCCUUAAAGAAAGCACGCGCGAUACCAACGGCUCCCAGUGCCACUGGGGGAAGACCUUUUUCGUUAAAAGGUUUCCUGACGCCGCACAAGCCCAACAGUAAGGACCUAAGGGAUAGCGCGCUGUAGGGCAGGCUAAACUGCGGGAAUGCGCUCCAGAGCGGUCCAAAGGAGGUCAUCAUGCUGGAACGCCACAAUCACGCCAGAGCGCCUCGCCAACGCCAGCAAGCCCAGCAGCUCACAUCCUGUAGACCAUAUCCAGAAUUCAGAACCAUGGUGUAGGCCGCGCCAGAAAUUGGGCCAUGGAUGACGGGCGAGCAGAGCUCAAGCCCAAUCAGAAAGCCCGUUAGUGGGAAUAGCGCGAAUGUACGGUAGAG